AUGGCAGUUUGGGUUAGAUUGCCUGAAUUGCCAAUUGAGUUCUAUGAUGCGUCUGUGUUAAAGGAAAUUGGAAGUGUCAUUGGACCUGUCUUACGUAUUGACUCUUAUAUGGCCUUGGAGACCAGAGGAGGUUAUGCAAGAUUAUGUGUUCAGUUAGACUUGGAUAAAACCUUGAUCAAUUCUAUUCGGGUGGGAAGGCUAGUUCAAAAGGUUUUACAUGAAGGCAUUUCUUCUCUUUGCUUUUGUUGUGGUAAGCUUGGACAUAAGCAGGAUAAUUGUGGGCUAAAAGUGAGGAAGCCAAGUGGAGAAGAUGAAGCUCAGGUCUCGUUGAAAUCCAAUGAGAUUAGUGAGGAAGUCCAACCCGAAUCCAACUAUGGGGCUUGGAUGGUAGUAAUGGGCCUACCAAGUGAUGAUCUUAGCAAGUCCAAUCAAAGAGAUUCGGUAGACUCUAGAGAAGGGAUUUCACGCAUUGUGGCAGCUCAAAACUUACGGAAUGGCUUAGCAGACCUUACGGAUGAGAUUGCACAUGCUGUGGCAACCCAAAACCCGGAGAUUAACCUUGAGAUGAGGAAAGAUUGUGUGAUGGAGGAGUGCAUUAAGAAUCCAUAUGCUGAGUGUCAGCAGGAUAUGAAACAAACUUCAGGAAACAAAAGGAAAGCUUUAGCAAAAAAUAAGGGCAAAGGAAGUGAAGGUCUAGGGAUUAGGAGUUGA